AUGAAAUAUUCAGCAGUAGCAUUAGCACCGAAAUAUCAGACACACACACACACACACUCUUUUUAUCCGGAUAAACGCCCAUGUAUAUUGUCAAGUGCGUAUCACAGACUAACAUGUAUACAUAUAACGCCAUUAAAAGUUAAUACAGUUGACGUAGCAAUGUUUCCGCUAUGUGUUCACAUAAUUGCCAAUUUGCCAUCUGUCGACUACCAGGAUAAAGCAUCCUUCUAUGUGCACAUGCUGCGAUCAAGUUCUUUGACCGUUUCCGCUUAUCAGAGUACGUGUGUUACUCCAUCCACAUGUGUCUUCUGCUUGAUCUGGGAUUGCACUACACUCCGUUCAGUUGGACAUCAUGUGCUCUCUAUUUUUGCUGGUGACUUUCUAUUCUUCCCCGCU